UCGGCUGCCCCAUUUAGAGCUAACUUCCUGUUAAAUGUUGUUAGCUUGUUGCUGUAAAAACAGCAGAAACUUUUGAAAACAUGAACGGAGAAGCGACAGCUGACAGCGGCCAUGUUGGAUCUGGAGGGUGGAGUCAGAGCGGAGAGAGCUGAUCCUCAGACCCGUUAUUUCUGUGUCGCACCACGAACUGAUGGCUGAAGGCAGCUUUUCCUGCCCGAAUCAGCCUGUGGAGGAGGCGGAGACGAGCCGCUGCUCGCCCGCCGGCCGAGCCUCUGACGGCGGCUUCGCUCGGCCGGACGGCCGCUGGAGAGCAGCCGCUGUUGUCGGUGGACCCACAGGACUGAUGUGGAGGCAGUGAGGGGGGCAGAGCUCUCUGAAGGCUCAACAGGUCCUUCACAAAGACAGUAAACAGCCUGAAAUGAGCCGUCAGAGCUCCAACACUCCUCCAACAGGAAGUCGUGUCGGCUCUCCUGUUUGACAGGAAGAUGCUCAUCAAAGUGUGUGUGAGCUGAUGUGAGUUCAGCAGCAUGAAUCCACGUGAGGACAGAGAGGAGGGGGUCCGUCCCUCUGAAACCAGUCUGUGGGGGGGACAUGACGGCCAGACCAAAGCUCAGAGGCCAGAGCAGCAGGACACACCAGACUCUGCUGGACCUGGACCUGGACCCAGCUGUGUGUCCUGCAGGAGUGACCGGUCAAAGGAUCUCCCCCUGACUUUUAAACAGCAGCAUGUCUCUGACAGACAGAUCUAUGGGAGACCAGCCUCUGCUGAACCUGAACCUGGACCUGGAUCCAGCUGUGUGUCCUUGAAUAGUGACGGCUCAGUGGGUCGUUUCAUUGAUUUUAGAGGAGAACAGCCGUCUGCUGCAAAGAGAGUCGACCAGAAGAGCUCAGAGGUUCCCAGUGGUCAGUCUGCCCAGCAGCAUCAGACUCACCUGGACUCCAUAUUUAUGCUGCUGGAGGAGAACAUUGUCACUUUUGUGAAGGACGAGCUGAAGAAGAUGAAGAAGGUUCUGAGUUCAGAUAACCCAGAGAGUCAGAGGGAGGAUGAGGAGGUGUCGGAUGGUGAGGAUGAAGAGCAGAAGAGGAGCAGCAGAGAGGCAUUUCUGAAGAUCACACAGCACUUCCUGAGGAGGAUGAAGGAGGAGGAUCUGGCCGACUGUCUGCAGAGCAGAAGUCCUGUUGGUGUUUGUGAGAAUUCUCUGAAAUCUAACCUGAAGGAGAAGUUCCAGUGUGUGUUUGAGGGGUUUGCUAAACCAGGAAACCGGACCCUUCUGAAUCAGAUCUACACAGAGCUCUACAUCACAGAGGGGGGGACUGGACAGGUCAAUGAUGAACAUGAGGUCAGACAGAUUGAAACAGCAUCCAGGAAACCACACAGACCAGAAACAACAAUCAGACAUGAAGACGUCUUCAAACCCUCACCUGGAAGAGAGGAACCAAUCAGAACAGUGAUGACGAAGGGCGUGGCUGGCAUUGGGAAGACAGUCCUAACACAGAAGUUCACUCUGGACUGGGCUGAAGACAAAGCCAACCAGGACAUACAGUUCGUGUUUCCCUUCACCUUCAGAGAGCUGAACGUGCUGAAAGAGAAAAAGUUCAGCUUGGUGGAACUUGUUCAUCAAUUCUUUCCUGAAACCAAAGAAGCAGGAAUCUGCAGGUUUGAACAGUUCCAGGUUGUCUUCAUCUUUGAUGGUCUGGAUGAGUGUCGACUUCCUCUGGACUUCACCAACAAUGAGAUCCUGACUGAUGUUACAAAGUCCACCUCGGUGGAUGUGCUGCUGACAAACCUCAUCAAGAGGAAACUGCUUCCCUCUGCCCGCCUCUGGAUAACCACACGACCUGCGGCAGCCAAUCAGAUCCCUCCUGAGUGUGUCGACAUGGUGACAGAGAUCAGAGGGUUCACUGAUGAACAGAAGGAGGAGUACUUCAGGAAGAGAUUCAGAGAUGCAGACCAGGCCAGCAGGAUCAUCUCCCACAUCAAGACAUCAGAAAGUCUCCACAUCAUGUGCCACAUCCCGGUCUUCUGCUGGAUCACUGCCACAGUCCUGAAGGAUUUGAUCAAGACCAGAGAGCAAGGAGAGCUGCCCAAGACCCUGACUCAGAUGUACAUCCACUUCCUGGUGGUUCAAGCCAAGCUGAAGAAUGUCAAGUAUGAUGGAGCAGAAGGGUCAGACCCACACUGGACUCCGGUACAGCGGAAGACGAUUGAGUCUCUGGGAAAACUGGCUUUUGAGCAGCUGCAGAAAGGAAACCUGAUCUUCUAUGAAUCAGACCUGACAGAGUGUGGCAUCGAUAUCACAGAAGCUUCACUGUACUCAGGAGUGUUCACACAGAUCUUUAAAGAGGAGAGAGGACUGUACCAGGACAAGGUGUUCUGCUUCGUCCAUCUGAGUGUUCAGGAGUUUCUGGCUGCUCUUCAUGUCCAUCUGACCUUCAUCAACUCUGGAGUCAAUCUGCUGUCAGAGGAACAAACAAUCCACCAUGAAUCUGCAGAGACACACUUCUACCAGAGUGCUGUGGACAAGUCCUUAAAGAGUCCAAAUGGACACCUGGACUUGUUCCUCCGAUUCCUCCUGGGUCUUUCACUGCAGACCAAUCAGACUCUCCUACGAGGCCUGCUGACUCAGACAGGAAGUGGCUCAAAAACCAAUCAGGCAGCUUUCGAGUACAUCCAGAAGAAGAUCGAGGAGGCUCCCUCUGCUGAGCAGACUCUCAAUCUGUUCCACUGUCUGAACGAGCUGAACGAUUGCUCUCUCCUGGAUGUGAUCCAGCAGUCUCUGAGUUCAGGAAGACUCUCUGCCGAUGAGCUGUCUCCUGCUCAGUGGUCAGGUCUGGUCUUCAUCUUGCUGUCAUCGGGAAAAGAUUUGUUUGAUCUGAAGAAAUUCCCUCUUUCAGGAGUGACUCAUGGGAGGCUCCGACAAGUCCAGGCCUGCACAGAAUCCCUAAAAUCCACCUACGAAUUGUUCAUGUUAGUUGUUGAAAAGUUCAGAUCCCAGUCCUCCAGGCGGGGGGAGGUGGACCUGCAGGAUUCAGGAGUGAAGCCUCCCAGGGUGGAGCCUGCUGGACUCCGACGGUUGAGACCAGGUCUGAGGAAGUAUCCCCAUGAACUCAAACCAACAGGAAGAGGAAAACAUCUUUCUCCUCCUCCUCCUCCGUCUCUGACACAGUAGGAGUGUAUGUGGACUGUCCUGCUGGGACUCUGUCCUUCUACAGAGUCUCCUCUGACACACUGAACCUCUUUAUCCUGGCUUUGGGUUCUGGUCUGGGUCCAGGUCUGGUUCCUCAGUGUCUCCUCCUCUGAGAGAAACGCUGCUGAACAGAUCAGAUAAGAUAUAACUUCAUCAAUCCCCCACCGGGGAAAACAAGCUGCUGCAGUCAGCAAGCAAUAGCAGCAGGAAGGGAAUAAAAAAUCAAAAAAUGUAACUAUAUGCAGUCUGUCCAUGCAUCUGUCUAACUAACUGACUAACUAACUGACUAACUGACAAACUAACUGACUAACUGUCAAACUAACUGACAAACUAACUGACUAACUGACAAACUGUCAAACUAACUGACAAACUGACUAACUGACAA